AUGACUGAAGCUCCAAUUGUCAACAAUACUUUGACCAUCGACGCGGUCACGUACUACAAUCAUUCUACGCCUUUACAGAUCGCUAAGAGAGAGAUCAAGGGCCGCUCCGAGUCCUCUUUCCUGGCUCCUACUGAAAUCUUGGUCAAGACAAAAUAUGCCGCUUUGAAUCCUGUCGAUGUGUGUUUAUGGCAAUUGUGUCCAAAAUGGCUGAAAAGGGGACAGCCUAAAGGCUUUGGCGGAGACUUUUCGGGUGUGGUCCUGCAAACAGGCUCCGAAGUCAAAUCUUUCAAGGCCGGAGAUAAGAUUUAUGGAGACAUUAUAAGUCCUUACUCUCCGUACGGCUCAUUUGCGAACUACCAGGUCAUUGACGUGGCCAAAGUAACAAAAGUUGCCAAGGUUCCUGAAGGACUGCCUCUAGAGAAGGCUGCCGGUAUUGUGAUUCCAUUUGCCACCGCUUACGAGUUGAUCACCAGACAUAAGAACCUGAAGGGUGCAAACGUCCUUGUUCUUGGCGGAGGAACCUCUGUCGGUAUGAUGGGACUUCAAAUAGUGAGACAUCUGGGUGCUGAGUAUAUUCUCACCACCUGCUCUUCCAAGUCGAAUGCAAUUGCUCACGAUUUUGGUGCCCACGAAACCGUGGACUACCAUGACAAGGAAGCUGAAUAUAAGCAGAUUGUUGAGGCCGCCAAGAAACACGGAAAGUUCGAUCUUAUAUUUGAUAGCUGCAGAGACGAGGUUCUGGUUGGACGCUUGAAGGACGUCCUCAAGACUAAGAAAGAAGGUGGAAAGUACGUCCAAGUUCUUGGAAGCAACACUAUGACCUACGGAACAGUCAGAUACAGAGACAUGAUCCCAACCAGAGGAAACCUGAGGGAGCAGAUUUUGACAAAGCUUGGGCUCUCCAAUUACGACUUUUCUAUUGGAAACCUUACCGAUGGUGCCGGCUACGCUAAGGCUGUGAGCGACAUGUGGGAGAAGAAACAAUUCAAUGUCAUUGUUGAUACCAUUUAUAAGUUUGAGGAGUUCCACAAGGCCGUCGACAAGUUCCAAAGUGGUAACGUCAAGGGUAAGCUUUUGGUUGAGUUUGAUUGA